AAACCUUUCUUCUCCCAUUUUCUUCUCCAACGCAGCCACUCAUUUCACCAAAAUUCACAGCCCCAAAAUCAUAUUGUUAGGGCUCAUACCUGCAGCCAUAGAACCACCAUCUCAUUUGGUGGCCAAUAACGCAUGGGCAACGACCAGAUCCCACCAUCGAAGGCUCCACUCGAGGAAACCUGUAUUUCAGAGAUAUUAGGGAUCUCAUUGGCAUCGUUUCGAGGCUUGAUAUAUAAUAAAUCCCCCUUCCAACUUCGAUCUCAACGAAGUGAACAGAGGUCAAAAGCCGAUUCACAAGGUUCUACGGGAGCAGAGCUGUACAGGGAGAAGGCCAUGGAAGCCAUGAGUGGGAACCCCAUUCUGUUGCUACUCUCGUAUAUUCCAGAAACUUCUGGCCUGGGCUCUAUCGAUUUACCUCAAAUAGCCAAGAAGAAGGGCUACUGCUGCGGCAUUGAUCAAUUAGUCUUAGAUUGGACCUUUUUCGGGUUAUUUUCGGUCUCAACUUUGGGGUCCAAAAUUUUGCAAAUGGAUUUGGAUUAGAUUUUUGUUUUAAUAUUUGGGCUAAACUGUAAGUAAACUUGGGACCUAUAAUUGGUUUUUAUUUUAAUUUAUUUAUUUUCUGUAAAUAAAAUAGGCCCGGGCAAAAUGGGUUAACUACAAA